AUGUCCCCCUCUACACUUCUCGACUCGCAGACAAACGCCCUCCUCACCCUCCUCAACCUCAACCAGGCGCCAGCAGCCAACGCUGGCUCCUCUGUCACCGGCCCCUUUCCCCGCCCAGCAACCCCUUCCACCACAUUUGACGAGAGCUCCCAGCCUCUGGUAUGGAAGGUCCUUAUCCUCGAUGACCUCAGCAAGGACAUCCUUGCUACCAGUCUGCGUGUCCAGGACCUGCGCGAGCAGGGCGUGACGCUGCACAUGCAACUCCACACCCAGAGGCCAGCGCUCCAGGACGUCCCUGCUGUCUACUUUGUGUCCCCGACGUUGACAAACAUUCGUAGGAUUGCAGAGGACCUGAACCCGCCUCUCUACUCUGCCUACCACCUCUCUUUCACUUCUGCCCUCCCGCGCAAUCUCCUCGAGGAGCUGGCAUCUCUCAUCCUGGCCAACGACCCUACAGGCCAGUCUGGUCAGCUUAUCCAGUCGGUUCACGACCAGUUCCUGGACUUUGUGGUUCCCUCACCGAGCCUCUUCUCGCUCCUGCCCCGCCGGGAGGUUAAGAGCGAGGUCAACGGCGCUGGGUCUAAGAAGGGCAGCAAGCCUGAGAAGGAGGUGGAUGGAAAGCCCAGCUAUGUGGUCCUGAACGACCCCAGGGCGACCGAGGUGGAGAUUGAGGAGGAGGUGGAGCGUAUCGCCAAGGGACUCUUCAGCGUUAUUGUGACAAUGGGCAUCGUCCCCGUUAUUCGCGCGCCCCGAGGCAACGCUGCCGAGAUGGUUGCCCGCAAGCUGGACGCCAAGCUCCGCGACCACAUUUCGUCCACCUCGUCGCAACGAGGAGGCACUGGCUUUGGUGCCGACAGCUUGCAGCGUCCUCUUCUUGUCAUCUUGGAUCGCAAUGUCGACCUUAUCCCGAUGUUGUCACACUCGUGGACGUACCAGGCGCUCGUGCACGACGUUCUCGACAUGAAGCUGAACCGCGUCACCGUCGAGUCGCCCGAGAACGGCCGGUUGCAGAAGAAGUCUUACGACAUUGAUUCCAAAGACUUUUUCUGGGCCCAGAACGCCGGCAACCCCUUCCCCCAGGUGGCCGAGGACAUUGACACCGAGCUCAACCGCUACAAGGCGGACGCUGCUGAGAUUACACGCUCGACGGGUGUCAGUGACGUCAACGACGUGUCCCAGAUUGAUUUCACGUCCAACGCCGCCAACCUCAAGACGGCCAUUACCGCCCUCCCCGAGCUCACUGCGCGCAAGCACACCCUCGACACGCACAUGAACAUUGCCACUGCCCUCCUCCAGGCCAUCAAGGAGCGCAGUCUGGACAACCUGUUCCAGCUCGAGGAGAGUGCCUCGAAGCAGACCAAGGCGCUCAUCCUGGACGCGAUGAACGGCAAGACCGACGAGCCUGGUGUGAUUGCGCACCCUACCGCCGACGACCAGCUCCGUCUCGCCAUCAUCUACUACCUCUCGGCCUACCAGAUGUCCAAGGAGGACCUGAACGAGAUCACCAACCUGCUCAAGGAGCACGGUGCCAACGUUGCCGCCCUGGAAUACGUCAAGAAGGUCCGGGAAAUCACCCGCAUGACGAUGAUGUCCUCGCAGCCGACUGUGGCCGCCCAGACCAACACUGGCCCCGGUGGCGAGUGGACCAAGGGCUUUAGCGCUCUUGGCAACCGCAUCACGGACCGCUUGCGCGAAGGCGGUAUCACCAGUGUGGGCUUUGACAACAUCAUCUCGGGCGUCAAGAACUUCCUCCCUGCCAAGAAGGAGCUCACCAUCACGCGCCUCGUCGAGGCCCUCAUGGAGCCGUCGACGGCCGCCACGCAGGCGCUGCAAGACACGGACGACUACUUGCUCUUUGACCCGCGCGCGACCCGCAGCCGCAACACCACCAACACGUCCACCCGCGGCCGCACGCAGUACCAGGAGAGUGUGGUGUUCGUCGUAGGCGGCGGCGGUUACGUCGAGUACUCAAACCUCCAGGAAUGGGCUUCGAGGAGCCAGCGCGAGGGCGGCGGCGGCGGCAAAAAGAUCACAUAUGGCAGUACCGAGAUUCUCAACCCCAGCGCAUUCGUCACUGCCCUCGGGGACCUGGGCGCGAAUGCUUAG